AUGUCGGCACUGCCUGAACGUCUAUGGUCAGAGAUCAGCACUGAUUUUGGACAGGUACCUGGCAUGGGUACGUAUUUUAUGGUUAUCUCCGACGACUUAUCACGCUACGUCGUAGAGGAACCAGUGUCCUCUCUCACAGCCAAUGCUGUCAUCCCUGUCCUUGACAAGAUCAUUGGAGAAUUCGGUGUACCCGAUGUGGUCAAGUCGGAUAACGGACCCCCCUUCAACAGCAGCGCAUUCUCUGACUACGCACGGCACAAAGGCUUCAAGUAUUGUAAGAUUACUCCCCUGUGGCCGCUUGCAAACGCCGAGGCAGAUCGCUUUAUGAAGACGGUAAAGAAGUCCAUUAAAGCUACCGUAGCGGAAGGGAACAGCUGGAACCAGGAGCUGCACAGCUUUCUGCUUAGCUAUCGAGCAACUCCUUACAGCAGCACUGGCAUACCUCCAGCUACGCUGAUGUUCGGAAGGGCUAUCAAAACAACCCUACCCCGGAUCGCGUACGAGCAACCGCAGCACAACAUCCGUCAGAAGGACAGCGAGUCCAAAGCAAGGAUGAAGGUGUACGCGGAUCGCAAGGCAUACGUCAGAGAAUCUUGUAUAAAAAUUGAAGACGUCCCGACGUCGUCUGAUGAGGAGGAGGAAGAGCUGGGUCCGCAACAAUACCCCAGACCAGACGAUCCGCCGAGGGACACUGUGGUCCAGCAUGCUCCAGGGCUACCUGAGGUGCAAGGUAGACCGCAGCUAGAGCGUCGGCUUCCGGAGAGAUUCAAGGACUUCAUCAUGAAGUAG